UACAGAUAUGCCUGCCUGGCUGCUCCACUGCUCCAGUGCCCCAGCACUUGCUGCCCUGUGAUUUUGGGUAACAGGCCUAAGAAGUUACGAAUCGUGCGGUAAGAAACCAAAAGUAACCUGCCUUUAUUGAGUUCUCAAGAACAUAAUCGACCCCUUGGUACAUUAUCAAGAUGCAUUAGGAAACUGGAUCCGGUGCCAAAAGAACUCCAUGAGUUUCCAUGACUCUCUUGAACCCUGACUGAUACUUUUGGAUAUAAAUUUCUGUUCUAAGGAGAAGAGUGUGUACUCCAAAUCCUUUCUGCCAGCUUGCUGGCAGAGAUAUUUCACUAAGAUCAUGGACCAUCCUAAUAGGGAUAAGGAUGAAAGGCAGCGGACGACGAAGGGAAUGCCAGGAAGGAGCGGGCACAGUUCUCGACCGAGCUCAUCGGCAUCUUCUGGCGUUCUUAUGGUGGGACCCAACUUCAGAGUGGGCAAGAAGAUUGGGUGUGGGAACUUUGGAGAACUCAGACUAGGUAAAAAUCUCUACACCAAUGAAUAUGUAGCGAUCAAACUGGAACCAAUUAAAUCCCGGGCACCACAACUUCAUUUAGAAUACAGAUUUUAUAAACAACUUGGAAGUGCAGCUGAAGGGCUUCCCCAGGUGUAUUACUUCGGGCCGUGUGGGAAAUACAACGCCAUGGUACUGGAGCUGCUUGGUCCCAGCUUGGAAGAUUUGUUUGACCUCUGUGACAGGACAUUCACCCUGAAGACGGUGUUGAUGAUUGCCAUCCAGCUGAUCUCUCGGAUGGAGUAUGUGCAUUCCAAGAACCUCAUCUACCGAGAUGUGAAGCCAGAAAACUUCCUCAUUGGCCGGCAAGGCAAUAAGAAGGAGCACGUCAUCCACAUCAUAGACUUUGGACUGGCGAAGGAGUACAUUGACCCAGAAACCAAAAAACACAUACCCUACAGGGAGCACAAGAGCUUAACUGGAACGGCGAGAUACAUGUCCAUCAACACCCACCUUGGCAAAGAGCAAAGUCGUCGAGACGACUUGGAAGCCCUGGGCCAUAUGUUCAUGUAUUUCCUCCGAGGCAGCCUGCCCUGGCAGGGAUUGAAGGCUGACACCUUAAAAGAGAGGUAUCAGAAGAUUGGGGACACAAAGAGAAACACUCCGGUUGAAGUUCUCUGUGAGAACUUUCCAGAGGAGAUGGCCACGUACCUCCGCUACGUCCGGCGAUUAGACUUCUUUGAGAGGCCAGACUACGACUACCUGCGAACCAUCUUCACGGAGCUGUUCGAGAAGAAAGGCUACACCUUUGACUAUGCCUAUGACUGGGUCGGCAGGCCAAUUCCUACUCCUGUGGGAUCUGUUCACGUAGAUUCUGGGACAUCUGCAGUAACAAGAGACAGCCACGUCCACCGGGAUCGACCAUCCCAGCAGGCCCUUCGCAAUCAGGCGUCGUCAGAUCGCCGAGGAGAGUGGGAGAUCCAGCCGAGCCGGCAGACAAAUACCUCGUACCUGACAUCUCAUUUGGCUGCAGAUCGACACGGAGGAUCAGUGCAGGUGGUGAGCUCGACCAACGGGGAGCUGAACGUGGAUGACCCGACGGGAGCACACUCCAACGCGCCCAUCACAGCGCAGGCAGAGGUGGAGGUGGUGGAGGAAGCUAACUGCCUGAAAAUGCUCAACUUGUGGUGCUGCUGCUUCUUUAAGAGGAAACGGAAGAAGACGGCUCAGCGUCACAAGUGACCGGUGCCUCCUGGGCCUUGCAGGAACCACCGCGCCUGCAGCUCCUGCCCUGAAUCACUGGAAGGGGCUUCUCUUUAGGGGGGAGGAGGAGGAGGAUGAGGCAGAGGAGGAAGAGAGAAAAACAAAACAAAACAAAACAAAAAAAACACAAAACAAAAAAAAAAAACCAAGUGACAUUUUAAACCAAAAAGAGAAGAAAACGUUCCAAAACAAACCACUCUGGGGUGGAUCUGCUGAAUGGUCUCCCUCGUUCACUCCAAGCCUGAAGCUCCUUUUGGGACCAGGACUGUGGCUGGCUCAGGUCUUGGUCGCCCUGGGAGGGGGGCUGGCUGGCUGACCCUCCUUCCCCUUGUUUACGGCGAAGGCAUCGUUCACGCAAACCUGAGGACUGUGCUUAGUUCCUGCUCACUUUCCUCCCCUCCCUCCCCUGCGCUCUGUGCUCCUCCGUCCUCCUCCCUCCUUAAUUAAGUGAAGAAAUCCAAUAGGAUUGAUUGGCUGUCGAGAGGGCAGGAGGAUGUGAGGCAGGCAGGAGAGUUGCUGGGAGAAGGGCCUGACCGCUGCAGCAGGAAGAGACAGGUUCCCUCUGCGGCUCCUUGGGAACAGUUACACUGUAAUGUGCAAGCUGUGAGAAAUUUGCAAUCUACUGUUCCAGUUAGGGUUUUUUUUCCGGCUCCCUUGACACCUCCCUCCUCUGACGGUAACAGAGCAAUGUGGAUUGUUUUAAAGAAGCUGACGUCGUUGCACUUUUUAUUAUUUUUAGCAUUUACAGAUGCACAUUGUAUCUGUGGAUCUCUCCGUGGCCGCGCCAGCACAGGCAGACAUCCAGCGGGGAAGGCGGUGGAUGCACAGAAUGCCCUCGAGUGGGGAUGUCCAGGACCCUCGUGCCAGGCUGGGGCUCCCAACACCCGCCUUGGGGCACACGCUGAGGAAAGCAUACUUGAAUUUCCACUCACCCUUCCUAGCUGCCGGUGAAUGUCCCUUCCAUGGUUUCCUAUGCCGUGCCUGACCCAGCUGGCCGGGAGACGCGAGGCCGUCACCCAGUGUUGGCAGGAGGGAGUGGCAUCGGCUUUGCUGAGCCAGAGGAGUUUGUGCUGGUUUAAGAGGUAGAUCUGGAUUGAGGUUCCUGGGAAGCAGCCGUUUCCCGAAGUGUGGGCAGCCGGGCAGCGUUCCCAAAUCCCUCUGUGGGGUGGUUGUGAACCUUCUGUGAGAACACCUUAGCAGGAGCAAAGCUUCCCUGGCAGGGAGAGGAUACUUCAUGCCUUAACACUGAUCCCAUUUCCCGAUGGUCAGAUAGGUUUGACUGGAAUAGCCUUUAUGUCCUCUCCAUGAGCAUGGGGCUGGGAGUGGGGGACACCGUCCCACCCCCCAGAGCAGCCACGGUUCUGCACCACUUUGAGCCAAACCAAUAGCAAGGAAAGGGCUUGGGGCACUCAGCACACCCGUAAAAACAAGGAAAUCUUGCCUCCUGCUGCAGUGUUUCCCAAAUCAGAGGAGGCUGAGGCUGCCCAGGGGUUCCCAGGAGGUGGCAGGGCUGUGGGAGAACUCGAGCAGCUGUUGGGAACGAUGUGAAUAAGCUCCUUGGACUUAGUCUUUCGAUAUAUGACACCAGGCCAGGCAGGGACUGUUCACUUGAGGGACUUGCUUGUCAUAAACUGGGGCCUGGUUCACCCCAAAAUCCUGGAGAGUGUGAAGGGAGGAAAGGGAGAGACUAGAUCUCAUUAUCUUUUAUUUGUUUUAAUGAUGAUCUGCAUAGCUUGGAGUUCACAGAGUGGCAUUCCCAGGAGGUUCAGUUCCCCGGGCUGGGUAGAAGUGGGUGUAGAGGGCAGGAGAUCGCCCUGGGCAGGGAGCUCUGGGCUUGCUCCUCGUGCAUCCCUGAGACAGGCAGGACACUGGUUAGAGCAGAAAGGCCUCGCUCCUCACCGGGAUCCCCCCGGGGUGUCUCUUGGCCAUGUUCUCUCCAUGCCUUAUCCCAAGGAGCUCUCAGCUCACACAUGCACCCCUUUCUCCCUUUGCAAAGCGCUUUCCUCCAGCCAUGCUGUGGGCCAGGGCAGGAAGGAGGCAGGAAGGGGACCCCUCACCUCCCACCGGGACAUUCACCCUCUUGUCCCCUCCCGCCAGAGGGAGGACAGGGACCGUGGCCACGUUCCACCUUUCUCUUCCCGAACUCCUCUGCUGCCAGGGGCUCCCAGGAGCCCUGUCUCUGGCACAGGCGUUCCCCUCUCUGCUGUAGGAAACCAUGGUUUGGCGUCUUGGGAGGAGGGUCCAUGGGCAUGGGAGCUCCUCAGGAGCUGCCCUGCCUGCUGCAGAUGGAGCCAGGCCCUGAGACACUUCUGUUGCUGCCCUCCCAAGCCCCACUAAGUGCCUGUCACCAGAACUCGAUUCCUUCUGCAUCUCCUGCCGUGUUUGGUCAUUCCUCGCUGCCUCCGCUCAAGGAGCAGCUUGUAGUUGCAGCAUAUGUAAGUGUUUGCAGGGUGAGGGAGGGCGGGGGGGAAAGGGGCCAUCUCAACAGGUUUUGUUCUUAAAUGUUUUUGGUUUCUUUUGUUUCAGUUUUUUUUUUUUUUUUUUAAGUGAAUGUAUUUGAUUGUUUAGAAACUUUCCUGACCUUGGUUUUAAGUGGGUUGGUUUGAAAGCUGUUUCAUGGUGACCCACUACGGCUUCUCUCCAGAGAUAUGAUGUUCUUUUAAUCCUACGAUGAUGUGUUUGUAGGGGAGGACUGUCCCCCCACGGCAUGCUGGUAAUGCUCACUUGUACCAAGCCCUCUUGCACUAUAAUCGUACGUUGGACUCUUCAAAAAAAAAAAGGGCAAAGAUGUGGGGUGGCUUUUUAACAAAAAAUUUAAAAAAAAAAAAGGCAAAUAAAGCAGGUUAACAGCAAGUCCCGUUCUUGAGGGAACCGCUGUCCCCAGGGAGCUCAGAGGUGACGAGGAGAUGCAGCCAGACUGAGCCAGCCAUGCUGUGGUAGGACGCAGGGCAUUAACCUGGGCAAACCCUCCUCUCCUUGCUGGGAGCGGUCAGAGCGGGGAAACCCUGGGGUUGGAGGGGAGGGGGCUCUCUGGGGGCUCCCUGGGGGUUGGGCUGGUCUCCGACGUGUCUCUCUGCGGCUCAGCCCGCCAACGUUGCGAUGCAGUCUUCUGAGGUAUCAAGUGAGAUGAUUAUUAUUAUUUUUUUUCAAUAAAACAUUGCACUGCU